AUGUCUUGGCUGAAUGACUUACCUGAUGAUCUUCACAAAAAAAUUAUUAACAGUCUUGAAGGUGACAUAACGUGAGUUAAUUUAUUUGUUUUUUCGAAUUAUCCUAAUUGCUUCCAGCAAAUUUGUCGACCCGAAACAUAAAAACGACGAAUCUGUAAAACAACGAUUUCGAUAUUUGAUCGAAAAAGUGAUUUGGGAUGAAGGAACAGAAAAUCAGAAACAAUUCACAAGAAUAUUGAUCAAAAUAAAUAGCGAAAUCGAAUAUGAAAUUCGUUUUUUGAAAAAGCCGAGUAUUUAUCGAAAAACAAUAAUUGAAAGAAGAUUGAAUACUUCGCUGCUUGGAGAUCGGACUACAAAUGAUUCAAAAUAUUUGAAAACAGCUUCAGAAUGGUUUGUUGAUCUCAUUUUAACACCAAAAUUCGAUUUUGAUUGUAUUGUAAUGAAUAAGGUAAGUAAUUUAAAGAUAUGAAACUAAUUAAUUGAAUUAAAAUCAAUUCAGUAUUCAAAAGCGGAUCAUUGUCCCGAUUCAAAACUUUGCAAUGUUCGAGAAUUGGAUAUAAGCACGUUGGAAAACACAGAAAAUACUUUUAUGAGUUGGUGGUUGACGAAAUUUGCAUCGCCAAUCGAAAAAUUAACGAUCUCAUCGGGACGUGUUAAAUCAAUAGGCGUUGGAAAUUUGGAUCAAGUAAGAAAAGUGUGUUAUAAAACCCAAAAAUUAAUCCUUUUCAGGUACGCGAAGCUCGUAAUUUGACUGUUCACGGAUUAACUGAUGUUGUUGAUAAAACAUAUUGGUUAGUGCAAGCAGAAGACUUUUGCCAUCGUGAUUAUGCAUCUCCUGCAGAAGUUACUUCUCAUGGUAUAAAAUUACUUUUUGAGGUAAGGUGGCAUCUUACUUUCAAAUGUAGUUUCUAAUAUGAAAAAUAUUUUCAGAAUUGGAUUAAAAACACAGAUAAACCGAGAAAAUAUAGAGGAAGAUUGAUUUUUGCUGAUUUCAAAAUUCUAGACGAGGUUAUUAAAUAUUUCGAACAAAAUUUAGAUACAGUAAAUAAACAGUAAGUAAUUCAUUAAUUUUUUGGAGUACGUAUUUAUUAAUCGAAAUUGAUUAUUUUAUAGUCCUCCAAUCGACGGUGUUCAAUGUGUAGAAGGUUUGAAAAAUGAUUAUCGUCUUGUAUUCGAAACAAAGGGUCAUUUAAUGUGGGCGAAAAAAACAUACAUAGAAGAGAAAUUCACCAGAGACGCGAAAAAGGGACAGUUUGAAUCGGAUGAAGAUGUUUUCAAUAUGAUAGAUACAUCUGAACAAGGAACCACUAAAAACACUAAGAAACACAUCUAA